AUGUGCCGCCGCCUCCGCGCCGCCGUCGCGGCGCAGAGCCGCGCGCUGCGGCUCGGGCGCGACGGGGCCGCGAUGCGGCACGCGGCGGCGCGGGCCGCGGCGUGGGGAGGCGCAGAGGAGCUGGUGUUGGAGGGGAAGCCGCGGCCGGGCGACGUGUUUGACCUGGUCAACGCCGCGGCGAC